AUGCAAGACGUCAAGCCGCAGCAGCAGGACGAGCAGAAGAUCCGCCAGCGGCCGCAGGAGGCGAAGGAAGUCCCAGUCGCAUCCGCCGCCGCGCACCCCCUGGAACUCCCGGUCGAAGCUGACGUGGACUGGCAGGAGACGGCGGGGCGGCAGGUGGACGCGGGCGUGACGGGCGGGAUCGACGAGGAGGAGACGGCCGGAUGGCAGGCGGCGUUGGGCGCGGAAGAGGUGCGGGCGCUGCUGGCGGGGGCGGGGGCGGGGACGACGGAAGGGCGGAAGAGGAUGGGGGGAGGGGGAGGGAUCUCGGGGGGAAAGGGGGAGGGGAAAGGAGGAGUGGGGUUGGGGGGAGAGGGGGUGGAGGGCGAGGGAAAGCCGUUGGGGAUUGAGGGGGCGGCAGCAGUGCUGGUGCAGGCAGAAGGGGGGGAGGAGGGAGAGGGGAAAGGAGGAGUGGGGUUGGGGGGAGAGGGGGUGGAGGGCGAGGAGAAGCCGUUGGGGAUUGAGGGGGCGGCAGCAGUGCUGGUUGGGGGAGGAGGGGGAGAGGGAGAGGGAGGAGAGGUGCCGUUGAUGCCACCUAUGCCUGGAGUGCUGUCAAUGGGUGGUGUGUUGGGAGGAGCUGAGCACAUGGCCGCCUCCACUUGGAGCGGUGCUAAGGAGGCCGUCGCGUCUGCCGCUCACAACACCGCCGACACCGCUGCUGCCGGCACAGCAGCAGUUGGGAGAGCCGCUGCGGGCAUGGUGGGACUAGACACCAACGCCCCUCCCAUCGGCAUUCCCCUGGGCUCCUCCUCUUUGCCCACAGCCACCGAUGAGGCACAGAUGGGCGCCGCUGCUCUUGUCGCAGGAGAGACAGCGCCUGCAAAGGAUGUGCAGUCUGGGAGGACGGAGCAACCCAGCAGCCACUGA